UCGAGAGGCCAACUCAACCUACACCAAGCAAGACCUGACAGGCACAAGGAAAGGUGCAAAGAUGAAGAGAUUUUUCCUAGUUGUGAAUAUCGUUGCAUUAGCCUUGCCAUUUCUGCAGGGUGCAGAGGUGCAAAACCAGGAACAACCAACUUGUCGUGAGAAUGAUGAAAGACUGUUCAAUCAGAAAACUGUCAAGUAUAUCCCUAUUCAUUAUGUGCUAAAUAGCUUUGCUCACUAUGAACCCAACUACUACCCACAUAGACCAGCUGAACCAAUUAAUCAUCAAUAUGUGCCUUAUCCAUUUUAUGCAAAACCUGCAGUUGCAGUUAGGACACAUGCCCAAAUUCCUCAAUGGCAGGUCCUGCCAAAUGCCUACCCACCCACUAUGAUGCAUCGCCCACAACUACAUCCAUCAUUUAUUGCCAUUCCCCCAAAGAAAAUUCAGGAUAAGACAGGCAUCCCUACCAUCAAUACCAUUGCUACUGCUGAGGCUACACCUAUUCCUCUCACUGAACCAAAAGUGAACACUGCAGUCACUUCAGAGGCUUCCUCAGAAUUCACCAUCACAAGCACAUCUGAGACUACCACGGUUCCAGUUACUUCACCUGUGGUCUAAAAACUCUGAGGAAACACCAAAGAAGACAACACAGGUCUUGCUGAAACCAAAUGACUACUCCAAACUCUUCCUUUGGUCACUCGUCUAAAUUCAUUCAAGAGAGAAUGUGAUUUUGAUGAAUUUGGCUCCUUUCUCUUCUCAUCUCACAUUUUACGUCCAGAUCACAUUUAAUUUUUUGUUUCUUGCACAAUAAAGCCAUUUGAAUGCAAGCGGA